AUGAUCCAUAGAAUUAUCAGCUGUAUAAUACGGACCAUUGUUGUCUCCUUUCUAAUCUGGAUCGUACUUUCUACCAUAUUACCUCAAUGGUACCAAAAAUAUACCAACAAAGAAAUUCAAACCGGAAAAUUUAAGUCCUCAUCAUAUCCAUAUAGUUCGUUGAAAGCACCAAAAACCAAUCCAAUUCAAAACAGCUUAGUGUAUUUCAUAAUUGCACAUCCGGAUGAUGAAGUAAUGUUUUUUUCUCCAUCUUUGAUAGAAAGUAUAAAACCCAAAAAUAAUAAUAGAGUCAAGUUAAUAUGUCUUUCCAACGGAGAUUUCCUAGGCGAAUCUAUGGGAAAGAUAAGAACAAAAGAACUUUACCGAAGUGCCCAAAUUUUGGGCCUUCAGAAGGAAGACGUAACAAUACUAUCUUCAUUUAAAGAUGGGAUGAAUGAGACCUGGAGCGUAGAUGACAUCCUGAAUGAAUUGAAGAACUACAUCGAAUUUGAUAAUGAUAAACUAACAUCCUUAAUUACAUUUGAUGAAAAGGGAAUUUCCAGUCACCCUAACCAUAUAGCUGCUUACUAUGGUACGAGGAGGUUUAUGAAUAGAAAUGCAGAUAAAAGCGUUAAAAUGUAUGCUCUCAAAAGCUUUAAUUUUUGGGAGAAGUACUCCUUUACUCUAUUGACUAACCUUGAGCUCUUUCUUGAGCAUGCCACGAGACUCAUUGGAAAUUUUUCCAGAAUUAACAUACACAUUCGACUCACAAAUAGGAAUAUUGAUGGCUCCUCCAUUAAGUAUUAUGCCGACUUGAACAUGUUGAGUGUCGGUUACGCAGCAAUGUCAUACGGACAUUUCAGUCAAAUGAUUUGGUUCAGAUACGGAUGGUUGGUCUUAAGCAGGUACUUAACAAUGAAUCAUUUGAUACAAAUUUAUAUAUGA